CUAUUAACUUGAAGUGGACAGAGAGAUUGAAAUCUCGGGCCCAAAGUUGAAAGAAGAAAAAGCCAUUUUCAAGCUUCUCUUUGAGAAUAUUACUUCAUGUGACUUCAUGGUAGUAGUAGUGCUAUGAGGGGCCAUGUGAUUUCAAUGCUGGUUAAAAACCGCUUACAUUCGAAAUGACACCGGUUGUACACGAGGAUAAUGAGUUAAAGAAAUUGCUCAAUAAUCCUGCAAAAAAUGCGAACGAAGAUGGAUCUAUGGCGCCUCCGUUAUCGACCAAUGUACCGAGGCCCAGCACAUCGCAAAAUGUUAACCCGCAAUCGAUGAUGAGCCCUAUGACACCGGUUCACAGCACGAAUGAAGUUCUAGAACCGUGUCUACAAAACGUAGUAUCCACAAUCGACUUACAAACGGAAUUAAAGCUUAUGUAUAUAAAUGUAAGGACAAGGAAUUCUGAAUAUAACCCAGCUAGAUUUACUGGAUUAGUUAUGAGGAUACAAAAUCCUAGAGCAACUGCUUUAAUUUUUCGUUCAGGCAAAUUAGUAUGUACCGGUGCAAGAAGUGAAGAUGAAUCAUUGCUUGCAGCCAAAAAAUUUGCUAGGAUAAUUCAAAAGCUUGGAUUUCCUGUGAGAUUCACUUCUUUUACGGUACAAAACAUCGUUGCAACUUGUGAUUUGAAAUUUCCAAUCAAGUUGGAAAGUCUAAAUCAGAUGCAUGGUCAAUUCUCUAGUUACGAGCCAGAAUUAUAUCCAGGUCUGACAUAUAGGAUGUUGAAGCCUAGAGUAGUAUUAUUGAUAUUUGUGAAUGGCAAAGUUGUAAUAACAGGAGCAAAAAAAAGGGAAGAUUUGCAUGAAGCAUUGUAUCACAUAUAUCCGAUACUGAAGAGUUUUAGAAAGCAGUAAUAUUAUCUGCUCAUAAAUAUACAAAACAAAUAGAAUGAGCAGAAUAACAUAAAAGAAUAUAAAAAUUACUAUUAAAAAGGAGAAUAAACUCUGCAUUUCCAGUUACCUGAUAAUCCUAGAUGUAUACAUCUGCUUAAAAUGAAUCAAGUUAGCAUUUUAUACAUUUGUACAUUUUUCGUAAUAAGACUAUGAUAAGGAAAUAUUCUUAAUAUUUUAUUUAUUAAGUUUACAAUUAUGGUUUUUCUUAUGUUAUGUAAUAUUUAAUCACAUUAUGAAAUACUUCUUUAAGAUUUUAAAGCUGCAAAUUGUACAUAUUGUUAUAAAAUACACCAUACAUUUUUGCAUAUUUAAAACAAAUUACAACUAAGAUGUAAUUAAGAUUGUAGAUCAGGGAAGCUAAAAUAAUCGUUCUUUUAUAGCGAAGGGUAAUUUACAUAAAAUAAAUUUUUAGCAUUAAAUAUUGGAAAAGUGAUAUGAAUAAUAAGGACACCAUGUACUAUUUAGUUUAUUGUUAAAAUAUAUAUUUCAGAGACUUUACACAGUGAAAAUAAACAUCAAUAUCAAUAUACUAUAUCAAAAUAAAAUACAAUUGAUAAACAAUCGAUAAUGUAUGUUGUGUGAACAGUUUUUACACAGUACAUUGCUAUGUUGGAAUUAUUUGGAAUGUAUACAUGUCGGUAUCAACGUCAACGGUAGCGCGUAUGUAUAUAUGUAUAUA